GACGGCGAGAAAUCUUACCAAUUCCACGAGGAAGACCCGUUCUGCCGUUCUUUAAUAUUCACGAAAUUUGCAGGGAUUAAAAUCUUAACUUUGUAAGCUCGAAGGAAGCCCUCUUCUUCCAUCUGUCUGUGCAGUUCAUCAGAGUAGUUUAUGAAAUUUUGAUGAUACGAAAACAUUGUGCCAUUUUUUGUUUUUAAAAGAUGUAGUGUUUUUGGAGUUGACCGUAGAAAUGAAUAGUUCUGCAGUAUACAAGAUUCACAAUCUAACGAAAGAGGAAUAUUUUCCCAUUAUUUGGUUAUAAAUGUGUUUCUCGUUAUGGAAGCAAUAGUGAGAUUAAUGAGAACGGACAUACGCAUAUUGUGAAUAUUCCGGAAACAGUUUUUAUAUGUGGAAGGAAACCACGUAACAAGUGCGCGUUACUUUCACUUUCAUCAUUGCGUAAUUGCUUUGAAAGUAGUGACGUCUUGGUUAUAAAAUAACGAGACAUAUAAGAAGAUUUAUGUAGUAUCGUUUUCAACAGGCGAUUGCUCAAAACUUGUGGAAACCAUUUAAUCUAUAUUGUUGGGUGAACAAAGUAGUUGUUUUCAAAGUUUAUGGGAAUAUCAUAGAAUUACAAAGGAAACGGUUUGCGUAAAUCAAGAAGUGUAGAAGAGAAAAAUAAGCAAUUGAUCCAAAAUUUUCCUCCCACUCGUGGGUGAUGUUAAAAUACGGAAUCGAUUCCGAAUGUUUGAAAAGAGACAUAGCCGUCGGAAAUAUCUCAUUUACAAUUGUUAAACACUUUGCUAUGUACAAACUAGUUUCGAUUCAUGAAUGAAAUCAGCAAUUCCGUCGCAAACAAAAGUCAUAAAAUACCCGCAUUUGUCUGAUACUAGAUUCUUCAUAGAAAAUAAUUGAUUAUUCAUAUAACGUGUUCAAAGACAAUAUUUAGAUUUCUCCCACUUAUUAAAAUUUUUGUAUAUCUUUUGAUGUUUUUGCUUUGUUCGCUAGAUUUAUAUGGAAAAGUUACACAUUCACGUAUGUACCCUUAUCAAAUCGUCACUAAAUAAAUUAAGGUGAGAAAGAAAUUCACCUUUUGUAUCAUGAACGAUUCUUUUAUUUAAACAUAUUUUAACCUAUGACGCAGGAUUUAAAGAUAGAAAUAUGUACACAAGUCAGAUGUAUGAAUGAAGAGUACGGACAAUAUAAGAAUCUUUAACGUUGCGAUAAGUUAAGUGAGGCAAUCUAAUAACUCAAAAAGAAAAACACCUAACCUAAAUCACUCCAAUUUACCAACAAACAAGCAAUUGCAACAAUUUAAGGCGUGCGCCGCUUCACUGAAGCCAAUCGAAAUUCGUUGCGCGACUCCGUGGGCGGAGCUUACUCAUUGAGGCUUAGGGGUUAAUAGGAGACAAAUGGUUUCUCUUGCAUGUCGCCGAUAGGUUCAUUCAUAUGAUAUCAAUUCGACUGGCUACAACUAAGAUAAUUGUCACUUUGAAUUAUCAUAAGUUAUUGACAAUAGUGAAGGAUUUAUAAAUACCGGGAAGUUUUCUAAAAUACUUCACACUUCGAAAAGAACAAGGCAUACUACUAUUUCAUUGAUGACUGAUGGGAACUAGAAGUAAGGACUUCACAACUUGGUGAGAGGGUGAAUACACAAUGAAGAGUGGACCAAGUUAAAGAACAAUUAUUUCAUGGCUGAUAAUCUUCAUUUCUUCUAGAGGAUAUAUUAUUUUCUCUGCGAAGACUUUAUCGGACAAGGCACUUCACAAUAUAAAAGUGACAUUGGUGUCCGAGUUUGAAGAAUGACUCGACUGGACGUGCUGUCGCUUGUAUUGGGAGUUUAUGUACUAUUACACCUCACAUCAGUUGCCGAUAGUAUCAGAUGGCUCUCGUUAGCGAUGUCUUCAGGUGCUGUAGCCUCGGUUGGGGCUGAGAACUACUGUGACUCUUUGGUUGGGUUGGUGAAGCGACAGAGAAGGAUCUGCAAGAAGAAUUUAGAAGUGAUGGAGAGCGUGAAGCUAGGUGCUCAUGAAGCCAUACAGGAAUGCCAAUACCAGUUUAAGAAUAGACGCUGGAAUUGCAGCAUGGUGGAUCCGAAAUCACUCUUUGGGAAUGUGUUAAAAUUAGGAACAAGAGAAACAUCUUUUGUGCAUGCGAUAUCAGCAGCGGGUGUCGCUCACGCCGUGACCCGGGCGUGUUCCAGUGGGAAACUUACAAAAUGUGGCUGUGACCGAACUGUGAGAGGACCCAGCAAGGACGGGUUCGAAUGGUCUGGUUGCUCAGACAAUAUUGCGUAUGGGAUUGCUUUUUCCAAAACAUUUGUCGACGCUAGAGAGAAAAAGUCAAAGAAAAGUGGAAAAAAUGCAGGAAGAAGAUUAAUGAAUUUGCACAACAAUGAAGCAGGUCGCUUGGCAAUUGAACAAAAUAUGAAAGUAGACUGCAAGUGUCACGGUGUCUCGGGGUCAUGUGAGCUGCGGACGUGUUGGAGAGCAAUGGCACCCUUCAGGAAAAUAGGGGGACUAAUUAAAGAGAAGUUUGAUGGAGCAACGGAAGUGAAGUCUGUCAUGACAAAAAAUCAUCCAAGACUCAUGCCUACAAAUCCACAGUUUAAGCCGCAUACAAAAUACGAUUUAGUUUAUCUGGUGGCGUCUCCAGACUUUUGCGAACCCGAUCCAAAAACAGGUUCGAUUGGAACCAAAGGUCGCGUGUGCAAUAAGACAUCGAAAGCCAUCGACGGCUGUGAACUAAUGUGUUGUGGAAGAGGGUAUGAAACGCGAAGGCGCAAAGUAGUGGACAGGUGCUUCUGUAAAUUCCAUUGGUGUUGCUUCGUCACGUGUCAAGAAUGUGAAAGAGAAAUUGAAGAGCAUACUUGUAAAUGAGCGCAAGAAAACUAUACUCAUCUCAAGACUAAUGUGAAAUCCUUUCUAGACAUUAAAUUUAAUGCCUUUUACUGAAAUCCCGCCAAAAACUCUUUUAAUCAAGAGAUAGGAAUGGCAAACUAAGUUGAAUUGUUGUCGCCAAGAUAACAAUGUUCUCUAUGCAAGAGAAAGCACAAAAACUGUUCGCUGUUGUGACAAAAUUUUCUAUGCAAGAGAAAAGCAGAAGAGCCAAGAAAUAAUUCAUUGGACAUUGCCAUCCCAAAUGAGAAACGUGACAACUGUUGUAAUGAACUCGACGGAGAUGGUUCAUUAUCCAAAUCCAAAAACAGUGUAAUGUCCAAAUACGGAACUGUGCAUAGUGCAUACUACAGACCAAGAUGGCGGACGUCGCCACAAUUCAGUGCUGCAUGGGUUCAGGGGGUACUAAUACUCAUCACGACGUCAUGGGGACAGAACGAUAGUGUGAUGGUGUGAUAUAGGGAUCCUGUAUUUGACAUAUGCCUUUUCGAUACCUCAUGUCAUUUUCAUUCAGUAGAUAUUUUAUUACUCCUUAUUGUUCAUAUCUACUCAUAUACCCAUCUAUUAUUAUGUAAUAUAUUAUUUAUGAAAACAAUUCCAGAAUAUAUCCCCCAACGCCCUAUAUUUGCGAAAGUGCUACCCACCGGCAUUUAAUUUUGCCUCUCUCUUGCCUUCUUUUAAUUUUCCAGAAGAAAAGUUUAUAAAUCCCCUGAAUACUCUUCAGUUUUGGUUAAUAUAAUUAUUUCACAAUGUGACUAUAAUUUUUCCUUUAUAAAGAUUUAGGCUUUAUUCACAUACAUUAUUUAUUUAUAAGAAUCAAAACUAUGUUUUUGUUGAUAUUGUAAAUAUGUAAAAUGCAAUACAAACCAAUUGUGAUAUUAGUGUACAUGUCUCACGAGUGACUGAACAAAAAAAUAAACAAAGAAAACACUA